AUGCAGUUGAACGUGGACAACUUCCUGGAGGACUUGGAGUACGUCAGCGCCACAGGUCUGCUGCGAAAGCUUUGUUUGCCACGAGGCGAUCCUUCUGUGCUGGCAUCCUCGACGACUUUCCCAAGCACUUGCACAGGGCCCGCAGAUCUUGUGCCUGAUUUCUUUGACCCCAAAGCCCUGCAGUCGGACUACCUGGAGCAUGCCAACCUGCCGGCCAAGGACAACGAGCAUACUCACGGAUGGAUACCUCAGGAGUGCAUGCAGGUGGCGGUGAGGUCGCCUAAGAAACGGGUGCAGUGGCAGAGAUACAAAGUGAGAGAGAGCUGGUUCGCGCAGAAGCAUCACGACAUCGACGGGCAUCCCGGGCUUAUCAGGUAUCUCCGUGUGAACAAAGGGGACACCAUCGAAAUGCUGGAGACCGUGGAAGCAGGCGCCUGUUCUUGG